ACACAUCGUUUGGCGCAAAACACUCGCAGUCAAAACAUAUCGGUCGUCCGGGCGCGUCUCGCAAGUUUUUGUAAAAGUUCGUAAAAUUCAGACGAUUCUCCAGUAAAAGUCUCGUAAAUUUCUCCUAAAAUGCUCAAGGACGGCAAAUCAAAUCUGCCGUGGGUGGAAAAGUAUCGCCCGGCUACACUCAGCGAUCUUAUUUCUCACGAAGAAAUCAUCUCCACAAUCAACAAAUUCAUUCAAGAGGAACAGCUUCCACAUCUGCUGUUCUAUGGCCCUCCAGGAACAGGUAAAACCAGUACCAUCCUGGCGUGCGCCCGGCAGCUCUACAAACCGCAAUCCUUCAACCAGAUGGUGCUGGAACUGAACGCUUCGGACGACCGCGGAAUCAACAUUGUCCGCAAUCAGAUCCUGAACUUUGCUUCGACGAGGACGAUUUUCAGCGGCGGCUACAAGCUGAUCAUCCUGGACGAAGCCGACGCCAUGACCAACGAUGCCCAGAACGCCUUGAGGCGUAUCAUCGAGAAGUACACGGACAAUGUGCGUUUCUGCAUCAUCUGCAACUACCUGAGCAAGAUCAUUCCGGCUCUGCAGUCCCGUUGCACCAGGUUUCGCUUUGCGCCACUCUCGCCGGAUCAGAUCCUGCCCCGGUUGGAGCACGUGAUCGAUGCCGAAGGGAUCAAGGUAUCGGACGAUGGAAAGAAAGCGUUGAUGACGCUGGCCGGGGGUGACAUGCGGAAGGUUCUGAACGUGCUGCAGAGUACCUGGAUGGCGUACAAGGACGUUACGGAGGACAACGUGUACACGUGCGUGGGCCAUCCGCUGAAGAUCGACAUCACCAACAUCGUGAACUGGUUGCUGAACGUCGAGAGCUUCAAGGAGACCUUUGAGAAAAUCCAAGAACUGAAAACCAACAAGGGUCUCGCCCUGGAGGAUAUCCUGACGGAGAUUCACCUGUAUGUGCACAGGAUGGAGCUACCGCCGAGGGUGAUGUCCCAGCUGUUAAUAAAAAUGGCAGCCGUUGAGGAACGGUUGGCAGCCGGAUGUGUGGAGAAGCCACAGAUGGCGUCCCUGAUUGCGGCGUUCCAGAUUGCCCGGGAUCAGGUCAUCGUGGAAGCCUGAGGGUGAGUUAGAAAGAUAA